CCGGGAGGCUGGUGGAGACUGACAGAAACGGGCAGCGAUACAGCAUCUGGGGAGUGCACCAGGCUGCAAACGGGGGGGAAGCGUUUUGCCAUCUCAGAUGUUGGGGAAGGCGGCCAGCUGCAAUCACACAAGCCAGGGCCAGAGGGCGGUGGAGCAGCUGCGGACAGAAGCCGGGCUGGAGAGAAUGAAGGUCUCCCAGGCAGCCAGUGAGCUGCUGCAGUACUGCCGGGCCCAUGCCCAGAGCGACCCGCUGCUGACCGGUGUCCCUGCCUCUGCCAACCCCUUCAGAAACAAGAAAACCUGCAGCAUCCUGUGAGGACCCUGGACCUCCAGCCCGAUGCGGACAACAGGCAGCGGCCUCUGAAGAGGGGAGCAGGCUCGGAGGGGGCAUGACGGGGUUCCUGCUGUGUCCCACCCUAUCACCCUGCUCCCCUCCCCACAUCCAGGUCAGCGCAGCCUCUGUGUGCAGAGAGCAGGAGACUUUCCGACCCCUGGGGCCCGAUCCCUCCUGGUGUAAAUCAGGCGAGAGGAGGAGCAGGGAGUUGGGGGGAAAGUGUGGCCCUGCUGCAGCCGAGGGAGCUUUACCAUCACUUUCAAGGCAGCCAGGCUCUCCCCCAGGUACAGCAAUCCCCUUGUCAGUUACAGCCUCUGCACACAGCAUGGGGAAGGGGAGCCAGGCCAGGCCUGAUUGCAGGGCAGGGCCGGCCAGCCUCAGGGACAAGCCGGCCCAGCAGCCCUGCUGCCCUUGGGGUCCCCAUUCACUCCAUCCCCCUGGGGCUGGGGUGCAGACUGGCCACUGGACAAGCUGCCCCCACUCUACUAAGCUGCCUCAUCCCUGGCUGGAGGAACCCGCGCUGGGGGUGAGCACAAGGGGGAGGAGCUAAGACCCAGUGGGUCAUUCCGUUCUCAGCCCCCCUCCCUGGGGAGAUGGAUGCCCAACUCCGCCACCGACUCCGUGUGUGACCCUGGGCAACUCACUUCCACUCCCCCGUGCCUCAGUUUCCUCAUCUUCCCAGGAGGGGGACUGGGAAGCACUAGGUUACUACGGUGAUAAGGGCCUGGUAGGCAGACAGCUACAGCCUGCCGUUGCAGGGAGCCCAGUCAGCGAUGGCAGCCGGUUCUGUUGGGUACUGGGCCCGGCCGUGCCAGCUCGUUGCACACAGGCAGUAAGGCCCCUAGAUCCCCCCGACCUGGACUGGAUCAGACCCAGGAACCUCAAAUUGCGUUUUGUCCAUUUUGACAGUGAGCUCUUCGAAGCCAGGACCGUCUCACUUUGUGUUUGUGCAACCUCUGGGGCCCUGAUCAUGGCUGAUGCUCCCAAAACACCCCUCCUAAUAAAGCAUCUGCAGCCCAGUUCCCCCCAGUGCCAAGUGCUUCACUUAGCUUGCAGAUCGAAGCUAGCCUGGGCCCUUUCGUCUCCUACUUGGCUGGUGCCGGGAGGAAGCCGCCGUGCCU